AAGAAUGAAAUUACACUCUGUGUUGUGGAUAUUCACACUUAUCCCAGAUAUUCUAAGUCAAUGCACUUCUAGGGGAGAUAUUGUUUUCUUAAUGGAUGAAUCAGGAAGUAUUGGCUUAACAAAUUUUGGGAAAAUGAAGACCUUUGUCAAUGCUGUCAUUUCCAACUUUCAAAUAGGAACUACUGCCAAUCAGUUUAGUGUAGUUACAUUUGAAUCCUCCGCCAAACAAGUUUUUCAACUUAAUGCUUACCUUACCAUUACGUCACUCCAAAAUGCAGUCUCCGCCAUUAGUUUUAGCAGUGGCGGGACUGACAUAGGAGAAGCACUGGACUAUGCGAGAUUAUACUCUUUCCAAUCCUAUAGAGGAGCCAGAAGUGAUGCUGCUAAAAUAGGUGUUCUUGUCACAGACGGACAAAGCACGAUUUCUAACGAGGCUGAUCAACUGAAAGCAAUCGGUGUAACUAUAUUUUGUGUCGGAGUUGGAUCAGGCGUGAAUUCGGCAGUUUUGAGAAGCAUAUCUUCCCAUAACGACUACACGUAUCUAACGUCAUUUGACCUCUUGACCUCUCUUUCAGGUGCUAUAUCCAGUGGAACAUGUGCUGAUGAUAUUAAUGACUGUCUGACGAAUCCCUGUAUGAAUGGUGGUACUUGCGAGGACAGAUUUGGAGACUACCUUUGCCAUUGUCCAAGUGGCAUAACCGAUCCAAACUGCUACGUCCCAGGUUUACCGACCGUAAUUAUUGGACAAAGCUUGACUGUGUCGGUCGGUUCUUCUGCAACAAUCACCUGUUCGGUUAGUGGCAAUGUGUCGUCAGUGUUUUGGCAAUAUCAGAGGUCUGGAGUCACAACGAAUGUGGAUAUAGCAAACACAACAAAGUAUAUUGGAUCCAACCCUACCACACCAUCGUUAACAAUACACGACGUACAAAUCUCAGAUGUCGGAAACUAUCGAUGUCUGGCAGUAAAUUCCGUCGGAACAGGACAGAGCACUACAAUGGCAUACUUAGAUACAACUAACAGCUUUACAUCUGUAUCCUUUUGGGUUGUACCCGGUUCACCUGUGACAUCAACAAAAGGUUCAACUGUUACAUUGAUAUGUACAUUUUACGGAGAAGCCUUGAAUUCAAUUCAGUGGCAAUAUGAACAAAGCAAUGGCACAACCACUGCAGUGGAUACAAGUAAUUCAGUCAAAUACAAUACACCUACAACAAGUUCGCCAGCUUUAAUCAUACGCAGUGUGACGUCAGCAGAUACAGGGUAUUUUCGCUGUGUGGCAAAUUCAAUCGGCGGUCGCCAAGCAUCAGGGAGAGUGUAUCUUCUAAUCUCUACAGAGGAACAAGGGCAAUGUAGCCAAUUCGACUGCGAUGUGUUGUCUGAUUGUCGACAGAUAGAUGGGACCCCAUCAUGCAUAAUCAGCUCAUGGAAGGUGUCCCUAGUGGGCGUGUUCGGCGCGCUGUCAUUAGCGGCGGGCGUGACGUUACUGUCAAUAACAACAUUAAAGGUCUAUAAGAGGUACAAGUCCAACCAUUUGUUUGAUUACGCGAUUCAUCAAUACGUAGAAAAAGAUCUAGGACAACAAAAGAUGACGUUUAACCCCGGUGUUUUGUAUUGAACACAAAAAGCAUUUCAAUCAUAAAAAUUGGUAUAUUCACUAUGAUUAGAUGUUAUUUAGGUGUCAGUAGGUGAUGUUAAUUAAAUUGUCAUUAUUC